AUGGCCUCUUUUAAGCAUUUCUUGAUUUUACCUUUGAUUGUGGUGUUGUCACUGUCAAAUAUCCAAAUGGGCGUGGCAGGUCGUCUUCACCUAUUGCAAACCUCCCCAACCGCAGCACCUACACUGCCUAACAUGCCACCUCUGCCUAAGGCCGUGCUGCCUCCAUUGCCGGCCAUGCCUAAAACCACAUUGCCAAGCACCCAAAUUCCAUCUCUGCCAAACCCGACAUUGCCAACCAUGCCUGCCAUUCCAAAGGUGACACUACCUCCUCUGCCAGCUACUUCACUGCCCACCAUUCCGACCACCAUGCCCACAAUUCCUCUCCUCUCACCACCCCCAUCCGCCAAUUAA